UGUGCAUAGAAGAUUUUUUAACAGCGUUUAAGCGUCCGUUCAUUCCGAUAGUGAUUUCGUGCCGUGCGCAACAGUUUGACAGCUGGGAAACAGGAAAUAACUUUUAGUGGGUUAAAGUGGAGUGUUUCAAAUAUUUCAUGAGGAAUUUAAAUUGUUACAGUUAAAAUUCUCUGGAAAUAAUGUCGAUUCUAACAUUAGAAGCAAAAUUAGAGAGACAGGAAUCGACGACACCAUGGGGAUUUCGUAUGCAAGGAGGCAAAGACUUCAGUAGCCCUAUCACAAUUGCUCGAGUAACCCCAGGCAGUCUGGCAGCUAAAUGUGGACUUCAGCAAGGGGACAUUAUAUUGAAGAUAGGUAGUAAAGCAAGUGAAACAUUGAAACACAAGGAUGCACAAGAUGCUAUAUUGUCAUAUGGAAACAAGUUAGACCUUUUACUGCAGAGAAUACGAGAGAAGAAGAAGAGUAGUAGUGGGUUUGGAGGUGGAACACAGAAUGCACAAACAUAUGACAAGUUUUCAACACCAACUAUAGGAUCUUACCAGAGUCCUGCAGCACCAAGUUCUGCUCCUGGCACACAGAGUUAUAACACAGCUCCUAAACCAUUUGGAGCUGCCCCUGCCCCUACUAAAGCCCCAGCCCCCUACUCCGCCCCACAGAUUGACGUUGUUACCCAUCAGACACAGAAUUUAAAUAUCAACCCAACAAAUUAUUCCAAGUAUGCUGAUGUUGAAGACAAAACAGGUCCUGGUAGCCAUCAAUCUAGGUCAUUUAAAUUCUUGCAAGAUACCCUUGAUAGUGGACAAGACCCACCAGCUGCCCUGCGACCCACGGUUGACUUGCGUAGGAGUCCGUCACCAAAUGCAGGUGUAAACAAACAGUUCAAUUCACCUAUGGGUCUUUACUCAGGUGCAAAUAUUCAAAAGCAACAAACUCUUACAACCAAUGUAAAGGAAUCUAAUGAAGGAACAAAUGGAGAACAGGAUGAGGGUAACAAAUUUGAUGCUCAGGGUAAACUUUUGUACCGUCCCUCAGAAACAUUUAAACUUAUACGUGAGCAGGAAAAUAAAGAGGAAACGCAGGAAAAGCCUGUGGAAGUAAAACAAACGAGGACAAUAAGGCAGUUAGAGAAACAGCUUGGAGAAUCAAAUAAUGUAGAAGACACUGACGCCUCUGGUAAAAGUCCGAGAAAUUUUGGUGAAUCAGAAAUACAAUACCCGUCAGAAACGUUUCAGUUGGUGCGAGAGCGUGAGCUCCGCCCGUACCAAGCAGUUUUACGCAGUCCUGAACAAUCUGGUUCAUUUAAAGAAUUAGAGCGUCAAUUAUGUGAUAAGCCUGCCUCACAGCCAGCUAGAGCCCCAGCAGCACCAAAGCCAGGUGUUUGGACUCCAGGACAAGGUGGAGGUAGCGCACCACCUGCUAAACCUUUCACUCCCAGUGUGGCUCCGCCUCCUCAAGCCCCACCAGCUCCUCGUGGUGGCGCCCCACCUAAACCAACAGGUGUAGGUGCCGUUAGGGGUAAACUAGGUGAUGCUGUAGUGAAGACAGGGGAUGGUGGAAGGGUUCCCGUCUGUGCCUCAUGUGGAGCUCCCAUCAGAGGGCCAUUUGUUGUUGCCAUGGGAAAGAGCUGGUGUCCGGAUCACUUUAUCUGUGCCAAUCCUCGCUGUGGAGAGAAACUUAUAGAUAUUGGGUUUGUUGAGGAGAAUGGAUUCCUCUACUGUGAGAAGGACUAUGAGCUCUACUUUGCUCCUCACUGUGCCAAGUGUGAAGCUGCUAUUAUAGGGGAAUGUGUAAAUGCUCUAAACAAGCAGUAUCACCCAGCUUGCUUCUUGUGCUUUCAAUGUAAGCAGCCUAUAGGGGGUACACAGUUUCAUCUUGAAGAUGGUAACCCAUACUGUGAGAAUGAUUGGCGUCAACUUUACCAGACAAUGUGCUCUUCUUGUAAUUUCCCCAUUGAACCUGGUGACAAAUGGGUAGAGGCUUUGGGAAAUAACUACCACUCUGAGUGUUUCAAUUGCUCUACUUGCCAGGUGAACUUGGAAGGUCAAGCUUUCUAUGCUAAAUCUGGAAAACCAUACUGCAAAAAGCAUGCUCGAUAAAGAAGAGGGGAUAACUCUAGGAUAUUCAAGUUGUGUAACCAUAGUUACCUUAGUGCUGCUCCGUUCAUUUGUGAUCUCCCUUGAAUGUAGUUUUAGUCAGCUCAAUAUGCAAACAUGCCUGUUUAUACUUUAACCAGAGCAUUUGGAAAUAUAAACAGUUUAUAGUUAAAAUUGUUGAGAAAUUUAGAAGUUGAAAGGAAAUGCACAUAGUUUUCUAUGCUUAGAAGAAGAUAUAAUCUCAGUUAAUUGGCAUGUCAAUAGAUAUCCUGUUGGAGUGAAUGACUAUAAUGUUUGCUAGAAUUACUCCAUGUAUGUAUGUUAAUAUAUCAUGAUGACACUUUCAUCAUAUAACACGUUUUCCAUACAUAUUUAAGUAAAAUGCUCUCUAGGUUAAAAAAUUACCUGAUCACUUUAUGAAAAUCUCCCCCUUUUUUGAAUGUGUACAAAUUACUUUCAAAUUUUGACCCAAGUGUUAAUAGAUUGUUCUAAUUGAGUGAAAUUUUGUUACUGUAAUUGUAAAAUAUGUUUUUGUUAUUUGAUCCCUGAAUUAUUGACAUUUUCAUGUCAAACAAAAUCAACAGUUUUUUUUUGUUGGUGUUUUUUUAAAUAGAUUUUGGAGAUACCUAAUUUGUUGUGCAAAACACAGUUAUUCUUAUGAACCAAAUGGAAGAGGAAAGAGAACAGUAAAUGUGCUUUUAGCUAAACUAGAACUUACAGGUUAAGCGCUUGCCUAAAUUUUUAGGAUACUUUGAUUUUUAGAGUAAAGCUGUAUAGUAAAGAUGUUGAUAUUUUUAAGUGCAUAUUUAUAUUGUAAUCAUGUACACACUUUACCUUAUGUGAUAUAUUCUCUAGGAAUUAUGCAUAAUUGUCAAUAUUUGCUCUACUAUAUGUUUGAUGUAAUAUAUGAGAAACAAACUUUGAUGAUGUAAUAUAAAGCCUUAAUGAUGUAUAAUUUAACUCGACUGAUGCCAAAAAAAGUUCAAUGUAAAUAUAUUGACUGUUUUUGCAGCUUUGUAAGCUCAGUGUAUGCACCACACUCUGUUCACUUUUUAAAUGCUAUAUAUUAUUUUGGACAAAAGAGAAAAUGUACUUUACUACACAAUAGACUGUGUAUAUAGUUGAUGAUAAUGUAUCUGUUUUUGUAAUGUAUAUAUACAUAUAUACAUAUGUUCACCACAGCUGUUUAAGGAUUGUUGUUUUAUUUUAUCUACAUUUUCUGUAUAUUAUACUGUAUAAAUGACUAAUUUAUCAUGACUACCAUAUUUACCAAUGCUUUAUUUUAGAUGAUAAACAUAUCACAUUUAACAUAGUGCCUUUAUUCUGCCAUCCAAUGUUUGAAACUACUAUAUGACAGCAGUAUAUCACCAUGGCAACUUUAUGUACGGUAAAUGUGGCAUUAGAAGAAAAGUCCACACAUUAUUUGUCAAAACUACAUUAAGCUUUUUGUUCUAACUUAAAGUUUUGAUAUUCAAUUUUUCAUUAAAAUUAUCAAUGAACAAAGUGAGAAAAAUGUUAUUUCAUGAACAAAAGGAAGAUGUGAUACUUCUAAUAAUAUAUGAUAGUAAAUGUUUUAGAGGUAAUGACCUCCUGAUGGAAUCUUAUGUUUGAUUUCGUAUUUUUCGAAAAUGGGUUUGAUUUUUCACUUUUUUCAGGUAUGUCUUCUGGUAAAAUAAUAUAGAAAGUGACUAAUAUUGAAAGUUAUUGUUUGUACAGUAGCAUUUAAAUGACUUACAUUUAUUUCAGGCAUUAUAAGACAUUAAUUUGACAUCACAUAUACAUAACUGCUAGUCCAGAAUGUGCAAAUAUAUGGUGUGAAGUUUAUAUGUAGGAGCAAUGGUUUUAUAAAUAUUUCAUGUUGGCAUGGUAACCGGGUGCAAUUUGAUUUUUAUAUUGAUAAUAUAUAUUGUCUUUAAUAGAGGUGGCAUAUCAACGGAAAGAACAUAACACUGACAAUCUGACUGUAGUAGAGGUAUAUUAUGAAAUCCAAUUGAUUCUGAGUGAGGAAAGUACUUGCAGUUGACAGAAAUUUCUUAAGUGUAAACUAUAGAUUUUCAUGUUUCUAUUAAAAUUGAAAAAUAAUUGGUUAUACAAUAUAGCUGUCCACAAAAAGCUUUUUGAUUUUGUUUGUUAAAAUUUUGGCUCGAUUAAAUGAUACUGCUCACCUCCCCUUUCAGCAUUUCUCAUAAUGUUUUAUCUAUGUAUGAGAAAUGAAAAAUUUGGGGAUAUAUUAGAAAUUUGAAUUAUGAUGAAUGUAGCAAGAAACUCGAGUUUAAAAGGUUAUUAAAACUAAAAUCUUGUGUAUAAAUUGCUUUCCCUGCUUGACGUAUUCAGUAUAUGCAACUAAAAUUGGAAGAAGAUAAUUUUGAUAAAAAGUUUUUAUAUUUUUGAACCAUUUAUACUGGUGGCUAGCUUUGUUUCUAUCAGUGUUUUUCUAUUUUUUCCAUAUUUGUUGGUAUUAUAUUAAGGAUGGAUUUAGUUGUUACAUAUGUUUAUACAUAUUAUGUUUGUUUACAUAUAUUGCUGAAUGUGUUAAUUAUACUAUGCUUCCAUAUGGUAGUUACCCUUGGAUUGAUGUACCUUCUAAAGUAAUAAAAAAGUAAAAAAAUCCAA